AAAGUCGUUAGACGAAGCGCCGCGCCCGUGGCUGUGGACGAGGUAUCCACGCCUGCCGCAGCGCUCAACGAACACCAGUACGCCAGCGGCCGCGGCGCCGCGCGAGACGAGGUCGCGAAACGCAAAAUGGCUGCUGAACAGGAGCAAGACGCGCCCGCGGCGCCCGCCGCCGACGCCGCGCCGGAAGAAGCCCCAGCGGCGGCGCCGCGCGAACGAGUGCGAGUAGCCGUGCGCGUGCGACCCCUCACGGAAGGCGCCAAACGCGCCACGGCCUGCGCGAAGAACAAGCUCAAACUGAAAACGGCCCACGACGAGAAGGCCUUCAAGUUUGACGUGGUCUUCGACGAGGCGGCGACGCAGGACCGCGUCUACGCGCACACGGCGCAGAAGCUCGUCGAGCGCGUGUUUGACGGGCGCAACGCUACCAUUAUGGCGUACGGCCAGACGGGUGCGAUCUCGGCGUCCCCCGCUGCUGAACGUGCGUCGUCUCUGAGAGAGGAGGUCGCGGGUGGUUUCUUUUUCGAGUUUGAGGCCGUUCGGACCGAGUCGAGAGACCGCGCCGCGUCCGAGCCAGUCGUGCCGCUCGCGAGACGCGAUCGCACGCAGGUUCCGGGAAGACCUACACCAUGGGCGAACCUUUAGAUAUGUUAUCGUCGAGCGGCGACGGUGUGAUUGCGCGAGCGUUGCAGGACGUGUUUGAGAGGUGCCGCGCUGUGUGAAAAUCAACCAGCUGGCGUCGCGUCGAUGGCGUGGAGGACGAGCCGUAAGAUUUUGACGUCCACACAGGUGCCGAGCCUUAAAGGACUGCACGGUCGGCCUCUCGUACCUCGAGGUCUACAACGAGGCCGUCUACGAUUUAUUAGCUCUAGACGAGGAGCCUCUCACAGUACGGGAGGACGCUUCUGGGAGUGUCGUCGUGCCGGGCCUGACGGAGAGCGACGUGAGUAAUAUAGGAGACGCGGGCCGCUUGCUGCAUCGCGGCGCGUUACGGAGAAGGACGGGCGCGACGAAGAUGAACGACCGGUCCUCUAGAAGUCACGCCUUGCUCCAAGUGAGAGUGCGGCGCGCGAACGGCUCCGUGGGCAAGCUCGUUCUAGUGGAUCUGGCCGGUCUGACGCGGCGUCCUCGUUUGAUGGUGGCCGCGACUCUCCGACGCCGUCGCGAAACGGCAAUGCGAGCGCGUCGUCGCGGGAGGGCGAGCGACGAUCACGGGCAACCGCGCGCAGGUUCCGAGCGCGCCGCGCGGACGCAGGCGCAGGGCCAGCGGCUGCGGGAGGGCAUCGAGAUCAACAAAGGUUUAUUAGCCCUCGGCAACGUCGUCGCGGCGUUGGCGUCGAACGAGGAAGGUAAGGGGACGCGGAAGCACGCGCCGUUUCGGGACUCGAAGCUCACGCGGCUGCUAAAGGACUCGUUGGGAGGCACGGCGUCGACGUGGGUCGUGGCUUGUGUCUCACCUCGAACGGACGAUGCGGAAGAGACCGUGAACACGUUGCGGUACGCGUCGCGAGCGCGGAGCAUCGCGAACACGGCCGUGCGCCACAACAUCGCGGAGACGCCCGAGCAAUUGCUGAUCGCGGCGCUACGGCGCGAGAACGCCGAGUUAAGGGCUCAACUGUCUGGUGAAGGUAAAGUGGUCAAGGAGUCGGACCACGACGCGCUGUACGACGCGCGGCGGAAGCAGCGGUGUGCCGAAGCUGCAUUGGUUGCGGCCAAAGCGGAAGCCCUGGCCGCGACGAUGCAGGCGGACCGGGCGCGCCUGUCGAGCGGGAAGGACGUUGAUGUUGUCGCUCAAUUACGUGAGGAAUUGGCGGCAUGUCGACGGCAACUCGCGUCGCGGGAACCGGGCGCGCCUGCUCCGGACUCGGCGGAGGCCCAACAGGUCGCUGCCAUCACGACGCUCAAGGCCGAAGAAAAGCGCAUGGGCGAACUGAGACAACAAUUCGCAGAGGCCGUAUCAAGUUUGGAUGCCGAGGUAGCCUUCCUCGAGCAAGCUAGGGAAAAGGCCGAACGGGACCUGACCGACGCGUUGUCGCGCAAGAAGACGGACGACUUCUCCAGGAGGAGGGAGGAGGCUUUAAGGGACGCCCUCGACAGGAGAAGAAGGGACCUCGAGGCGAAGCGCCGAGAACUGAAGUCCACGAAGCAAGAAGCUUCGAGGGUCGAGGGGUUAAGACGUAGAGCGGAAGCCGAGGCGGCGUCAUUACGAGCGAAGGCCGACGUCCUCAGGAGGCAGCGCGUCGACGCCGUCAACAAACUUCGGAGCGAAACGAGUCAGCGCUUGCAAGAGAAGAGGACCGCCGCCCACGAACUAAUGAGAGCCCAGCGCACGGGCACCAAGUCCCAGGCCGAAAUCACGCGACUGAAAGCGCAGCACGCGCGCGAGGCCCACGUGUUGAGAAGACGGUGCGACGAGGCGCAAGCGCGAGCUAAACGCCUUCCGGAAUCAAAGUCUUCCGACCUGAAGCACCUCGCGCAGAGGUUAGAUGCUCAUAUUCAACACGCCGUCGAGAAGUCGAAGGCCGGGGCUUCGGUGCAGGCCUACGCGCCGACAAGUGCGGCGGACGCGCGGUUGGCGCUGCGGUGGUACCACGACCGCCUCGUCAAGGCGGAAUUACGGGCGCCGCCCGCACCGCCCGAGACGCGCGCGGCUGCGAAGGAGAAGGUCCGUCCUAGGGGUCAAAUCCUGCAGCCGUCUCGGCGGCAGGCGCACUUGUUUCGGCCUCGCCAGCAGGUGUCGUCGGGCUCCGAGUUCGAGGCGUCGUCGUCGGAAGAAGAUGACGAGGAGGAAGAAACGCAGCACGUUACCAGAAGGCGGAAGAAGCCUCCCGUCGCGUUGACUGGUGAUGGGCUCGAUGGCCUCACGGUGCCUCAGUUGAAGGACAAGCUGCGGCCCCUGCAGUUGAAAUUAGCGGGCCGGAAGUCGGAGCUCGUGGCGCGGUUACGAGCCCACUACGCUUCCAGUGAUGGUUCGGAGGCUUUGAAUGCGCUCGUCGCCGCGGACGCGGCGGUCGCUCCGGGCUUCCGCGUGCUGGCGCCGCCGCCGGGCGACACGGGCGCGGCGCCGGCGGCCGCCCCGGAGGAGCCUGUCGUGCCGGCGGAGCCCGCGGCGGCGGCGCCGGUCGACGCGGCCGCCUCGGAGGAGUCCGCGCCGGAGGCGGCCGCCGAGGAGCCGUCGACCGCCGAGGAGACGGAGGACACCGCCAAGGCGACGCGCCGGGCGGCGCUCGCGGCGCGGCGCGCGGCGGUGGCCGCCCGGCGCGCCGCGGCGGCGCCGUCGGUCGAUGCGGAACCCGCGGCCGCCGCGCCGCCCCCGCCGGAGGUGAAGCGCGUGCCGCGCCUGUCGUCGGUGCUGGCCUCGAUCAGCCUCGCGACGGGCGCCGUCGCCGAGGCCGCCGCAGCUAGAGCGCCGCGCCGCGAGGUUACUGCAGAGGACGACGCGGCCGACGAGCUCGACUAUGCCGGCGACGACGCGCGCCCGCCGCCGCCGCCGCCGCCGCCGCAGGACGAGGAGACGGGCGAGCGCGUCGUCGCGCCGGCGUGUCGCCGGUCGUGGCUCGCUUCGGAUGGAUUGAGCUUCGCCGCGUCCGGGACGGCCGCGACGCGGCGGCUCUCGGCCGUGUCGGCGGCGUUUCCCUCUCCCCGAUUAUGCCAGCCGGCGGCGAACGUGGAGCCGGGGCCGGCGAAGCAGCUCGUCCCCAAGCGCGCCGGGCGGAAGGCGUUCGGCGUCGUCAACCGCUAGGUGAUAAGUUUC